CACUCGCUCAUUGCGCAUCUGCGAUCCAACAGUCGAACGCGUAACGUCAUCAAUUUGACAGCUUCACGCCGAAUCAGGUUGCCGCUGCGCUCCGCAGAGCGAGUGUCAAAGCAGUUUGAAUGAAGUUUAGUGCACUUUCUUCUCUAGGUCUUUGGAGAGCUCGCACCUACCCGUGGCAUCCCGUCCUAAGAACUGAGCACCAUGCUGUCCUGCCAAGAUCUGAGCUUUGCAGGAGGGCAGCGCUACGACUACUCCGCGUCGACGUCAGCUGACGGUAGUGUUGACGUUUCCACAGCAACGCUCGUCUCCCUCUGGGACGCCGGUCCCCUGGACAACGCUGCCCGCCAGCACGAGCCGCCGCGGCGGGAUUCACUGCCUGUGUCUGAGCAUGGAAUGGGACAUCAGCCCACCUGGUCUGACCAACUGUCACCUCAACUUCAACGAAACAAACAGCUCCAAGACACCCUAAUGCAAAGAGAAGAAGAGCUGGCCAGACUGCAGGAAGAGAACAACAAGCUCAAAGAGUUUUUAAACUCAUCAUAUGUGAAGUCUUUAGAGGAAAAAACAAAGAAACUCCUUUCCAACUGCAAGGUUCCAGAUGGUUCAAGACAUCGAAAGAGAACUCAUGGUGAUUUCCGGAACCUGAGUCAGAUGCUUCACAGCGGCGAGGGGAAGCGGACCUGCCGCAAUCUCUCUUUGGAGUUUUGCUCUGCUGAAGAGCUGGCGGCCACCCCACCUCUAGACUCAUGGAUACUAGAGACUCUAGGCCUGCAAGACGAAAAUACCGUUGACCCAGAACGCAGUUUCAACACCCCUUCUUUCAACUGUCCGCUUACUACAGAAGAUCCUUACAGUACAACAAACGUAGACAAUGCAGUCAGCUUCAGCCCUAAUGCCGAGACACACUGCAAUUACAACAGCAUCGUGGAAUCACCCGGCAACUGCAGCCUGGACACCUCCAGUGGUUACAGCACCUCUCAGAGCUUGGGUUCAGAUUAUUCAACGCUUGACCCUUCAGCUCUAUACACCAUCACAUCUACAGGGUCACUGGUCAGCUCUCCACCAGCGAUGACCACCGCUCAACACUUCACACCACCACGAGCUGCCUCCACUCCGUAUCGUCCCCAGGACAUAAGCCCUGGUCCAUACUACAACACACCAGGCUGUGGUUCCUCCAGUCCACCAGGGGGCGACAGUCAAGUUUUUUCUACACCUCGUAUGUCCCGUACCAGGACAGACUUGGCAUUUAGCAUGUCACUAAGUCCACAAAACAGCGUGAAGACACACAGUUUCCCUCAAGGACAAGCUUUCACACGCAGAGACGCACAAGGGGGAUGGAACUUCACCUGGGUUCCUAAACAAUGUUCCUAGAGACAUAUUUUAAGGACUUUGUGGGAAAAAACUGCCUUUUUUAGCCAUUUUUGAGGACUGAUAACCCAGCUCGCUCCAUAUUCACAAGAAACACAACAACUGUUCACUUUUACGGGUUAUAUAUAAUAUAUUUUGAUAGCUUUGUGAUAUUAAGUAAUGAAUUUGUAUAUUGUUUUUUUUAUUCAUUGUUAUUGAAAAGCUUUGAUACUAGA